AGGCCCGCGCCCCUCAGGUCGCGACCGGCCCUCCUUCCUUCCCGAGGGCGGCGGCGGCGGAGGGCCCGCGGGGAGCCGGAGCGCCAGCCCGGACCCGGAAGAGCGGAGGUCGUAGGUCGCAGGCUUCCGCACCCGCCGGGUCGCCGCCCUCCUCCACCCUGGCGUCCCCAGCUGCUCGCGCCCAAGGCCGCUCGUCCAGGCUCGCGAGCCAGAGCCGGACCUGAGAGACUGCCGGGUUCCGCCCAACACACACCGAUUCUUCAAGAAGACCGGCUGGGGACACCCCCACUCGCUUAUGCCUGCGGGACACCGUUGCUGCCACCACCCACUUCACCCUUGGGAGAAUCAUCUCCUCCGCAGCCACCAACCCUGUUGGGAAUGAAACCAACUUCCUCUCUGCUGCUCGUGAAGGCCUUAGUUGUGGCAUGUGGAAUCUUCAUCGUUUACUGGGGAUCAAACCCACACCCCUUGCAAUGGGAGCAUGAAGUCUUAGCCACCAGACCACCAGGGAAGUCCCCAAACCUUUUCUUUCAAGAUCUGUCAGAGGACUUGCCUGCAUUGGCCAGCAGAUGGCUAAUUCAUCUGCUCUCCGGUGAACUGUUGAAAAAUCUGAAAUGGUCUUGAGGGAGGGAGGGAUUCUUCCUUGAUAGCUAAUUAAGGCCCCUUCCCUCCACCCCCCUCACCCAGGGCAUUGCUUCUGUCUACAAAUUGCUAACUCCAAGCUUUUCUCCCAACUCUAGUUUAUUUAACAAGACAACUGAUGUGUGAACCAGCCUUCAAACUCAGCAAGAUCCCAGUAAAGCCCACAGCAAGACUGGUGCUCCUCAGUUGCCUCUCACGUCACGCAUGGAAUACUGGAGAGCCAGAGGAGCAGGCAGGAUGUGCCGGAGAGAGACGUUGGAACUCCAAGUAGCGGGGGACCAGGGAAGGAGGAUACACCCUUGUGUGGAGGGCUGGCUUCCUCAGCCGUUCCCUCCAGGACACACUUGCUGCCACCACCCACUUCACCCUUGGGAGAAUCAUCUCCUCCGCAGCCACCAACCCUGUUGGGAAUGAAACCAACUUCCUCUCUGCUGCUCGUGAAGGCCUUAGUUGUGGCAUGUGGAAUCUUCAUCGUUUACUGGGGAUCAAACCCACACCCCUUGCAAUGGGAGCAUGAAGUCUUAGCCACCAGACCACCAGGGAAGUCCCCAAACCUUUUCUUUCAAGAUCUGUCAGAGGACUUGCCUGCAUUGGCCAGCAGAUGGCUAAUUCAUCUGCUCUCCGGUGAACUGUUGAAAAAUCUGAAAUGGUCUUGAGGGAGGGAGGGAUUCUUCCUUGAUAGCUAAUUAAGGCCCCUUCCCUCCACCCCCCUCACCCAGGGCAUUGCUUCUGUCUACAAAUUGCUAACUCCAAGCUUUUCUCCCAACUCUAGUUUAUUUAACAAGACAACUGAUGUGUGAACCAGCCUUCAAACUCAGCAAGAUCCCAGUAAAGCCCACAGCAAGACUGGUGCUCCUCAGUUGCCUCUCACGUCACGCAUGGAAUACUGGAGAGCCAGAGGAGCAGGCAGGAUGUGCCGGAGAGAGACGUUGGAACUCCAAGUAGCGGGGGACCAGGGAAGGAGGAUACACCCUUGUGUGGAGGGCUGGCUUCCUCAGCCGUUCCCUCCAGGACACACACUCCAGCUUCCAGAAACUUUAUAAUCACUCUCUAUAACAGCCACCUGAUUUUGGUGAGAUUUGUGUAUUAAUAGAAGAGGUCUCUGCAUCUCUGCUGGCUCUGGGGACCGCUGUUAUCGAACACUGACCAUGUGCCAGACCUCAUCUCAGGCUCUUUGCAGCCUCAACGUGACCAUCCUUUCCCUUGACCAUAGCAUGGGCAGACCCCUCGGGCACCACCUGUCUGUGGGCCUCACCUCAAGGAAGGAUGCCAAUGCUGCGCUGCUCAGUAACUAUGAGGUGUUCCAGUUACUAACUGAUUUGAAAGAGCAGCGUAAGGAAAGUGGAAAGAAUAAACACAGUUCUGGGCAACAGAACUUGAAUACUAUCACAUAUGAAACAUUAAAAUACAUAUCAAAAACACCAUGUAGGCACCAGAGUCCUGAGAUUGUGAGAGAAUUUCUGACAGCAAUGAAAAGCCACAAGUUGACCAAAGCUGAAAAGCUUCAGCUGCUGAAUCACAGGCCUGUGACUGCUGUUGAGAUCCAGCUGAUGGUGGAGGAGAGUGAGGAACGGCUGACAGAGGAGCAGAUCGAAGCUCUGCUCCACACCGUCACAAGCAUCCUCCCCGCGGGGCCAGAGGCCGAGCAGCAGCAGAAUACCAGCGACGAUGUGGCGAUGGAUGAGGAGGACCCCGCGUAGAAGAGCACAGCUGGCCCGAGUGUCUCCUGAAGUUGAAGGUCCAGCAGCCGUUUCCCAGACAUUCAGAGGAUUGUUUAUUUGAUUUUACCUUCUGUCCCAACAGGCCUCAUUUCCCGGUUAGUUGGGUAAACCACAAAAAUAAUCUUAAAAGAAAUCCUUGUGCCUCUGGGAGAACAAACAUGGUGGACUGGCUGAGAUGGUCAGGGCAGAGAGCUAAAGAGAGGAGGAGUGAGUCAAAAAGGACAAGGACUGUGGAACUCUCAGUGGUAAAAAUAUUUCUUCUGUGGCCUUUGCCAUGGUUGUGGGAAGGUCUCUGUACACAGCUGGUAAAAUACUUGCCUUGGCUUUAAUGGGCUGUAUCCUAAUUAAUUUCAUCUGCUUCCCUCAGAGCUUCCCAAGCAGGGAUGCAGAGCACUGCUGGAAUGAGAGCUGACUUAGGACAAUCCUGUUACAUGGCUGACAACUCUUGAAGCAGCAAAUAGUUGCUCUGAGUUAUAAUGAGCCACUGAGCUUGGCUCACCUUAGAGGAAUCUUUUCCUUAAUAACAAUAGACAUAGGAAAAGACUGGCCUAGGAACUUGGUGGUCCAGUGGCUUAAGAUUCCACACUCCCAAUGUAUGGGACCCAGGUUCCAUCCCUGGUCAGGGAACUAAAUCCCACAUGCUGCAACUCAGGAAAAAAAAAAAAAAGAUUCCUGUAUGCUACAGUGAAGAUCAAAGAUCCCGUGUCCAAAUAAAUAUUUUAAAAAUAACUAAAUAAAAGAACGGCCUGGACAACUCUUCAUCAGGUCUAAAGGCCCCUCUCCUCUACUGGCAUGGGCUUUGUUUAGUGGUUUCACUAGUUAGUCUUCAAUGUUAGGACACUAGCUCCCUGCAGUUGGAAAGAGGCACUCCAGUAUUCUUGCCUGGAGAAUCCCAGGGACAGAGGAGCCUGGUGGGCUGCUGUCUGUGGGGUCGCACAGAGUCGGACACGACUGAAACACCUUAGCAGCAGCGGCAGACUGAAUGGCCGUGUCACCUGCCUUUCUGAACACCUUCAGUUUUCUGCCUUGUGACAGGUGCAGCCUGUUGCAACCAGGUAAGCUUCAUUUGCACAGGGGGGGGCAAAUGGUUUGCAUCUUUUAAAAAGGGCAGUUCUCUGGCGGUCCAGGGGUUAAGAUUCAGUGCUUUCAUUGCAGGGGGUGUGGGUUUCAUCUAUAGUAAGGACUAAGAUCCCAUGUGCUGCAAGCUGUGGCACCCACCCCCCAAAAAAAAGAAACCCUAAAUAAAGAGGGCACAAUUUCGUAGCUCUUUUUGUGGCUGGAGUAUGAAGAACUAGAGGCUGAUUAAUAAGAAUUUGAAUUUGUUGACUGUUGUGUUAGUUUUUUAAUUUAAAAUAUUAGAAUAAUUACCAUGCAAGGAAUUUGUUAAUAUUCAAGCUUUGGAGAGUUUAGUAGCCCCAGACAUAUGGUUGCCUUAGAUCCUAGGAGUUUUGUUAAAAAUUAAUUCCCCAUAUUCACUCUGCUCUCUAUUUGGAGAAGAAAAUGCCCUUAGACAUUUUUCAAAUUCGUACUCAUUUUGUUGUAAGAUCACAUAUUUUCAGUGCUUCUGUUAAUUGGAUUACUUCCCACCUCUUACAAUUCCCAGGUUAUUUCAGCCCCCACAGUAGGCAGUUAUGUUUACCUUAACCUUAUCAUCUAAGGAUCAGUUGAGAUCUACUUACAGGCAACAUUGAAAUUAACAGGACAUUUAUUUCUAAAUCUUUCUUGAGUAUCAGGAAUUUUACCAGGAGCUGUUGUUUUGUCAAGGCAUACAGGUGUUUAUGUCCUUGUUUCAUUUUGACCUUGAGUGCAUUUGGUACUUUUUCUUCAUGGAUUUAGGGUUUAAUUAAUUAGUAAAUGGUUUCCAGGUGACUACCAACUUACACUAUUUUAAAAAAUCUAAGAAGAGUUUAUUUUACCAUGGGUAGUAAGAGAUAAAAUGAAAUCUGACCUAAAAACUAAUAUAUACUUUUUAAGUUUGGUUUUUUUCCUUAAGUUGAAUCUAUUUAGAUCUAAAUUUUGUGUUGAAUUUCAGUAAAAUUUUCAGUUUCUUUAUUUGGGACCUGAAUUUUGCCUCUGAUUAAGUCAAACAGGAUCUAGAAGAUUGAACCUUCAUAAGAAAUAUGGACUGUGUAGUACUCCUGUUGCAUUAAUAAUCCACAUUUUAGAAAUAAAAAUUUACACAAGGAACUUAACCAGGAUCAUCUGGGAAGGAGAGCUGAGAGUCUGUGCGACUUGCUUUUCACUUUAUAUCCUUCCGUACAGCUUCAGUUUUUGAUUGGGUGGCUGUUUUAUUCUUUAAAAAGAAAAAAAAAAUUGUGCUUAUUUGCCUGUUGUCCUUGGCCUCUGAAAGUUAUUAAAGGUAUAGUCCAUAAUUAAAUUAUGUCCCCAGACGUAGAGACUGACACCCAGUGUAGUCACUCUGGGAGACACAGCACUGAGGGAAGUUGAUCUUUUAAGAAAGUACUACUGAGCUCUUGAAAGAUGAAGCUGACUCACUUUUAGAGGUUUAGCCAAAUAUUGACUUGGCCAAAAAGUUCAUUCAGGUUUUUCCAUAAGACAUUAUGGAACAAACUUUUUGGCCAACCCAAUAAUUGCUUUGCCUCUUUUUGCUUAAAUGGUACCCACUCCCACCUCAGAGAACUUGCCAUUUAUUCAGGGCUUGUUUAUAAAAUCAUGGGUGUUGUUCUCCCAGUCAGUCACUGUGUGAGCACACCAGCUAUCAAGGCUUCUACCCUAGUGAGGGAUGAGAGAAUUAAUCCCCCAGUAUAUCCUUUGCUAAAUCGUCACUGUUUUUAAAUUUAAAAAGCAAGAAGAAGAAAAAUCCAAGUGUUUAACCCUAGCUUUCUAGGUCAUUCACAAUUUGGUUCCCAGUAAAACUUCCAAUUUUUGUAGUCUCGUGUACAACCCUCUGUUCCAGCUAAGUGGAUCCACCCAUUCAUUAACUCAGCACAUUGAGUGACUGUGAUGCAAGGCUUUGGGCUGGGCAGUGGGGUUAUGAUGUGACUCUGUCAUCCUGAGUCCCUGCCUUCAGAAAGCUUUAUGUUCUAAGGGAGGAGAUGGUAAAUGACCAGUUUCACAAUUCAUUAUUUUGUUAUAACAGUGGUUCAAAUUAGAAACAAGAAUGAGCUAAGAGAGCAUGUUACAGAGAACCUGACCUAGUCGGGUAGGGUCAGGAAAGGUUCUCUGAGAAAGUAAUGUUUAGACUUGAAGGAUGAGUAAGUUAGUGAAAGAGAGAACAAUCCUUGAAAAUAUUCUUUGUUUCCCCAUCUCUAUGCUUUUGUUUAUAUUAUGCCAUCUGCUUAUACUGUACCCCUUCUUCCAGUACCCAGAUUCUAACUCAAGAUUUGGGCUCAUAUCUGCCAUUUUCCAGAAGGCCCUCCCUGAGCUCUUGCAUGUUGAUAAUAGCAUGUGCUUUUUAUAUAUGAACGUCAGUUUUGUUGGAUACAAAGUCUUUUGAGUCACAUUUUAUUUCCCUUGGAUUUAAGAUACUCAAUUACUCUAUUAUUUUCUUCUGGCAUCAAGCAUUGGUGUUAAAAAGCCUGACAAUAUCCUCCUUUUGUUUCUCAUAUAAGCCACUUGCCUCUUUUUCCACCCCCCUAGAUGCAUAAAGGAUUUUUUCUCUCCUGAAAGUCUGGUAAAUUUACUAGAAUGUGUCUUGGUAUUGGUUGUUUAAGUAUUCUCAGAUACAUGGAUACAUGGUGUAUAUAUAGUUUUAGUUAUUUUUUCCUCAAUUUGAGAACAUUCCUGGAAGUUUUUACAGAUUUUCUUGAUUUUAUACCAGGAUAUGUAUACCUUGAUUUUUUAAUAUAUAUUUUCUUAAUUUUUUGUAUUUUGUUCACUUGCUUCAGUUCUCUGCUUCAGAAGCUUCUAUAUUCUGUAUCAAUUCUGCUUUGCUAAUCUGCCAUAUUGUCAUUUUCAUUCAAGUCAUUUUACUCUCUUCUGUGAUUUCUUUAAAAAUUUUCCUCCUGUUUUGCUAAAGGCAUUUUAAAAUUGCAUUUAUUUGAUCUUGUGUUUCUUCUAAUUUAGUCUUAAUCUUUCCCCCUUUUACUUCUAAGUGUUUCUUUGAGUAAAGUAUAACUCUUAUGAGUUUUUCUAAUUUCAUUUACCGUGGUUCUUUCAUGUCAUGUAUCAUUUUCUUAUUAAUGUUUAGCUGGUUUUAAAAUACUUUAUGUGCUGCCGAAGCGAGCACUGGUUUUAAAAUAGUUGAUUGUAAUUAGAGCUAUUUUAUAUGCAUAUAUUUCUGGUGUGGUCUCAUCUUACAGAAAUGUUAUACUUCUCUUUUUUUUCUUUUUUUUUAAAUAAUAACUUUGAAUGAGAUUUGACCUUAGUAAUUUUCUGCUGUUUAUUUUUAUAUGAAAUUAGUUUCCUGGAACUUUUAGAAGGAGUUGUGUGGUUCAGGAUGGUUUCCCUAACCUCACAGGCCUCCCUCUUUGUUGUGUUCAUAUAAUAUUCAAAAACAUGAUGCCUUGCCAACCCUCUUCCCCUCCUGCACUUUUAUGUAGACCAAGGAUUGGCAGAAGCCUCCUGUUUUCAUAAACAAGGUUUGAUUAGAACACAGCCCUGCUUGUUCAUCUAUGUAUGUUUAUGGGUAUUCUCAGGCCAAACCUGCAAAAUUGAGAAGUUGCACCGUGGACUCCAUAGCCUACAAGCCCCAAAUGUUACUGCCGAGCCCUUUAAGACCCUGAUUUAGACCUCUCUUUCUUUGUCUGUUGUUCCUCUUCUGCUCAAUUUUAACUCUAUCCCACAUGUGUCUUCUCAGUGUGGGGCACUGUCAAGCAAGCCCUCACCAGUCAGUUUAGAGAGUUCAAAGGGACUUCAUACUGCUUCAGACCUGAGCACCCUUUAUGUUUAAAAAAUGAUGGUAAAAUAUACAUAUAAAGUUUAUUAUUUUAAAUUUAACAACCCAGUAUAUUCAGUUGUGCAGCCAUCACCACCGUUUAGUUUGAGAACAUUUUUUAUUACCUCAAUACACCCCACGACCCCUCUUUCUGCAGCCCUUGGUGACCUCUAUUCUACUUUCUGUCUCUAUGAAAUUGCCUAUUCUGAGUACUUAGUGCAAGUGGAAUCAUAAAAUAUUUGUCUUUCAGUGUCUGCCUUAUUCCACCAAGCAUAGUGUUUACUACAUCCAUGUUGUAGCAGGUAAUAAGAUUCCAUUGUAUGUAUAUCAUAUUUUGUUGAUCCAUUUUAUUUAGUGAUGGACACUUCAGUUGUUUCUGCCUCUGAACAUUGGUGUACAAGUAUCUGAAUCUCUGCUUUCAAUUCUUUUGGGUAUAAAUGUAGGAGUAGAUUUGCUGGAUUUAUAUGGCAGUUCAAUUUUUAACUUUAUGAAGAACUGUCACAGUGACUUUUCCGUCUUUCCACAGUGGCAGCACCAUUUUAUAUUCCCACCAGCUAUGCAGUUGGAUUCCAGUUUCUCCACAUCCUUGGCCAACAUACGUAGUUUUCUGUUUUGCUUUUGUUUUAACGAUAGCUCCCCUAAUGGGUUUUAAGUGGUAUCUCAUUAUAGUUUUGAUUUGCAUUUCCCCAGUGAUUAGUGAUGUUGAAUAUCUUCUCAUGGACUUAUUGAACACUUGUAUUUCUUCUUUGGAGAUAUGUCUAUUUGAGUCCUUUGAAUUGCAUUUGUUGUUGUUGAGUUGUAGAAAUAUAGUUCUUUAUUCUGAA